UGCUUCCCGGUUUGUGAAGAUUCGAAAGACGUCGUUAGCGGAGCGGAUUGGCUGGCUUUUCAGGAGGGGGCGGGGUUUGGAACCUGGCGCGCAAAUUCGAACAGAAGGAACUGGAGAGAGAGGAACAACAACUGCUUUUGACUCGUUGCAGGAGGAGCCAUGCAGCGUGACACACCUCCCGGCCCCAGUUCCAGGAGAAACCCUACAACGCCUCCACGUCGAGGCACUGGGAGAUCUCCAGGCCGAGGCACAGGGAGAUCUCCACGAAGAGGCCGGUCGCCUCGACGCUCUCCGCGGGCUUCUCGCAGGCGACAACCCGCUGCGGAAGGAGGAACCCCACGGCGUCGGCGACGAUACCGACCUGGCCAGCUUGCCAUGCUGCAGAUCCGAAAAUAUCAGAAAAGCACCAACCUGCUCAUUCCGAAGUUGCCUUUUGGCCGUGUGGUACGAGAGAUCUGCCUCGAUUACACCCGGGGGGUUGAUAUGCAGUGGCAGGCAAUGGCGUUGCUUGCUUUACAGGAGGCGGCUGAAGCUUUCCUUGUGCACCUCAUGGAGGACGCCUACAUCUGCUCCAUCCACGCCAAGCGCGUCACCCUCUUCCCCAAAGACAUACAAUUAGCUCGCCGGAUCCGUGGAUUCCAAGAGGGAUUGGGUUAGGGUUACGCUGUCUCUGGAUUGAACUUUUGCUGAAAUUUUGGACACUGUGCUUAACUCUUCCAAUGGCCAAGAGUAAAUGAGGCAAUUCUCUUCCUGGGGUUGGUGGGAUGGAUAGGUUGCAAUUUUGCCGUUAAGCACUUAAAUAUUUUUGAGGAUUUUUAAAGGUCAAAUGUUAUAUUGUCCUCGGAGUUUUCCACAAGUUGCUCUGUAUCACCUUGCUCCUUUUUCCGAUCGUCAUUAUCUAAUUCAUGUCUUGGAUAAGAGCUGGUCGAAAUAAUACUGGUUCCUUCAUUAUUUCAAGACUUUCCAGAAUCAUAUUUAGCUCAAAUGGGGACGCUAGUGGGAGAGGGGAAACUGUAUUAGAAGGGUAGAAAGCAAAGCUGCCUUGUGCUUUUUUCCCAACUGGAAGUCGCAAUCUGGUCAAAAAUGGGUUUGAAGUUUCAUUGGUGGUUUUCCUCUUUCAAAAGUCGAAAAAACAACAAUGAGGUGUUGGGAAGAGCAAGAGACGUGGACCAUGCAAAACACAAGAGUCUGUCAAAUAUUGAUUUUAAAUACAAAACGUUAAAUAAAACGGGUUUAAAUAUUUCUA